GCUGCUCAUUACAAUAUCCAGAAUAUGUGUUCGCACGUCAUUUUCAUGUUUUUCGUAAGCGUACGGGAAAUCGAUGGUAGAGGUGACGAGAGCAACAGAAGUGGAAGACUACGACUGCUGGAUUUGGCAGGUAACGAAAGUGCUGGACGGGAACGAGCCAGAGAUUUCGGCACUGUCAAUUAUUCUAUCCAGACUUUACCAAUAGUGGUUAAAGCUGCAGCCCAAAGAAUACAGCACGUGUCUUAUAGGGAGUCCAAGCUGACUAGAAUUCUACAAGAUAGUUUGAACGGUAACACCAAAACCGCGAUGUUAGCCACGUUCUCGCCAAGCUCAGGGUCUUGGAAGGACACCGUAGCCACACUGGAACUAGGACAGCUAAUCUAUAGUUACAAGACUACGUCAACGUCGACAGAAAGCAGGUCAAUUGAUUAACAGAGUUAGAUGAUGAGCUGGACAAAUUGCAUUCUGAACUCGCCCGCUGCCAAAAGAUGCGAAGGAGUUUUCGUCAGCAACCAAACCUUCGAACAAAUGUCAGACGAUACUAACAACAAUAACAACCAAAGAGUUCUCGAACUGGUGGGUAAAAUCGCCGAAUUAGCGAACCACAAGCGUUCGAUUGAUUUGCAGUAUGGCUCCCGACAAUUCUCCUUCCACAAAAAGGGAUUCCCUUGGGAUACUUGUAUGUUUAUCUAGCGGGUGUAUCCCCGGCACGUCCAGUGCUCUGAAUGCUUUGAUAACACUCCUCAAGGUUUUUCGUUGCAUCAGCCAAACGUGUCUGCAGGUCAACGCUCCGGUGCACUUGAUUCUGCAACAACUGCGUGAGAGUGCCAUCCAGUCGACCCAAAGUCGACAAUGUUUUUUCGAGUAUAUUUUGUCCAGAUGUGUUGACCAAUGACGAUCGCCCGGUUUGUAAGACAUCGCGAAAUUCCUGGAAUGGCGUUUACAAAUAAAGGAGUCUUGGUAGAGCUCUACCAAGACUUUUCAAUAUUUGUAAACGCCAUUUUAGAAGCACACAUCGCUAAAGUAAAAGCUAUAAAAGAGCGAAACGCGAAUAUGGCCCUAGCACCAGUACGAGAAUCCAUCAAUCAUUACUUGGAGCAACCGCGCAAAAUCCUGAAUACCUCAAUGGUGAAAAUAAAAAAUGUUUUGCAACAAGCCGAGUCUAAUCAAUGUCUCGUGCACACUCAAGCAGAGUCAGAUCGGAGCGCUAUACACCAAAAGCGUCAAGCAAAUUGAAGCAACCGUCAAGGAAAAUCUAACUCAAAGAAAUGAGGUAAGUCGGAUUAAACUGUGGUACGUGGUUAAGUUAUUUGCUAUUUAGGAACUUUGCGAUGUCUUACAAAUCGGGCGAUCGUCACUGGUCAGCACAGCUCGACAAAAUUUAGUCGAAAAAUCAUUGCCGAUUUUGGGUCGAAUGGAUGGCACUCUCACGCAGUUGUCGCAGAAUCAAGUGCACCGGAACGUUGACAUACAGACACGUUUGGCUGAUGCAACGAAAAACCUUGAGGAGUGUUAUCAAGGCAUUCAGAGCACUGGACGUGCCGGGGAUACACCCGCUAGACAAACAUACAAGUAUCCCAAGGGAAUCCCUUUUUGUGGAAGGAGAGUGGUCGCGAGCGAUACUGCAAAUCGAUCGAACGCUUGUGGUUCACUAAUUCGGCGAUUUUACCCACCAGUUCGAGAACUUUUUGGUUGUUGUUGUUAGUAUCGUCUGUCAUUUGUUCGAAGGUUUGGUUGUUGACGAAAACUCCUUCGCAUCUUUUGGCAGCGGCGACGAGUUCAGAAUUCAAUUUGUCCAGCUCAUCAUCUACCUCUGUUAAUCAAUUGACCUGCUUUUUGUCGACGUUGACGUAAGUCUUGUAACUAUAGAUUAGCUGUCCUAGUUCCAGUGUGGCUACGGUGUCUUUCCAAGAGCCUGAUCUUGGCAAGAACGUGGCAAUCAUUCCGGUUUUGGUGUUACCGUUCAAACUAUCUUGUAUAAUUCUAGUCAGCUUGGACUCCCUAUAAGACACGUGCUGUAUUCUUUGGGCUACAGCUUUAAUCACUAUUGGUAAAGUCUGGAUAGAAUGAUUGACGUUGCCGAAAUCUCGGGCUCGUACCCGUCCAGCGCUUUCGUUUCUUGUCAAAUCCAGCAGUCGUAGUCUUUCACUUCUGUUGAUCUCGUCACCUCUACCAUCGAUUUUCCGUAGGGUUACUAAAAACGUGAAAAUGACGUGCGAACGCAUAUUCUGGAUAUUGUAAUGAGCAGCAUUUUUUUGACGAGCUCGAAGGCCUAUAGUAAUUCACUCUACAACGUUUGCCGUAGUGACUGUCUUCAACUCUUUCAAACAAACGGAUACUUUAACAAGUGGGUCAUUGUAGAUCCUAAAAUGACGCAAAUAAAACCAUGAACACUGACACGCUGUUCCAAAACUGGAAUAUGAACGGCAACGGCAAUUCACACAAUGGAAGUGAUAAAUAAAGUUGGUAUUUGUUUGAGGAUUGAUGAACAUUUUCAUAUCAAAUUAUUUGAAUAUUUG